GGAGUACAGCAGCGUGCGGAUUGGGACGCGGCCCAUGUGGCUGUAAAGCUGCGCGCAGAGCUGAGGAGAGAGAAGUUUUAUUUCUCCGGGUUGUUAGUGUGUGUUUACCUCAGCAGGGUGCAUGCAGGUGAGGUGGGUAUUAUAUACAGCUCUAACAGCACUGCGCUCCUCAGAUUCACUCAGACGACUCGCACUCAGACAGAUUCACUUCACCAGACGGUUUGAGAUGAUGGAGACAGAGGGCGUGCCCUCUGACAGCGCAGCAGGGUGUGGUCUGAGACCUGGAGAGACGGUGGAGACGAAGGGCGUGUCCUCUGACAGCGCAGCAGGGUGUGGUCUGAGACCCGGAGAGACGGUGGAGACGAAGGGCGUGCCCUCUGACAGCGCAGCAGGGUGUGGUCUGAGACCUGGAGAGACGGUGGAGACGAAGGGCGUGUCCUCUGACAGCGCAGCAGGGUGUGGUCUGAGACCUGGAGAGACGGUGGUGAAGGAGGGGAAAGCGUCGGUGUUGUUUCCAAGUGCUAAUGAGGUUUUCUACAACCCAGUCCAGGAAUUUAACAGAGACCUCACAUGUGCAGUAAUAACGGAGUUUGCGCGAGAGACGCUGGCUCAGAGAGGAGUGCGCAUCCUUGUCCCAGGAGAGAAGGAUGGCGUGGUGGUGUCCCUGAUGGAAGAGGAGAAGAAUGGGAAAGAGACAGAACAGGCAGAGGAGAAGGAGGAAGAAAGCGUGCAGGAGGAGAGAAAAGAGGUGGAGUUUAAGACCGCCAUGGUUGGGGAGCGCUGUGAGGAGGGGCUGCGUGUGCUGGAGGGAUUGGCUGCUUCAGGCCUGCGCUCAAUCCGAUUCACUCUCGAGGUGCCGGGACUAAAACGUGUCACAGCCAAUGACUUCUCAGCUAAAGCUGCUGACCUCAUCACACGCAACACACACCACAACAACGUCACACACCUGAUGGAGACGCAGAACAGAGACGCCAGCAUGCUGAUGUAUGAGGCAAGAGGGAAGAAUGCACGCUAUGAUGUCAUCGAUCUGGAUCCAUAUGGAAGCCCCGCCCCUUUCCUGGAUGCUGCAGUUCAGGCUGUUGGUGAAGGAGGUCUCCUGUGUAUCACCUGUACAGACAUGGCUGUGAUGGCGGGAAACAACGGAGAGACGUGCUACAGCAAAUACGGCUCUGUCUCCAUCAAAUCCAAAUACUGCCACGAGAUGGCCCUGAGGAUUAUCUUGCACAGUCUGGAUCAGCGUGCUAAUGUGUAUCAGCGCUACAUCCAGCCCUUACUGAGCGUCAGUGUUGACUUCUACAUCCGAGUGUUCGUCAGGGUCAGAACGGGUCAGGCUACUGUCAAGAACUCUGCCAGUAAGCAGGCAUUGGUGUAUAAUUGUGUUGGCUGUGGCGCGUUCCACCUGCAGAGGAUGGGCAAGAAAAUAAGCCAGGGGAAAAAUAUGAAGUACUCGGCUGCGACAGGACCUCCUGUUGGAGAAUCGUGUCCACACUGUGGUCAGAGACAUCAGCUCGGAGGUCCGAUCUGGGCAGAGCCGAUCCACGAUCUCGGGUUUGUUCAGAAAGUUCUGACUGCGGUUUCGGGGAACCCAUCUCGCUUCGGCACGUCCAAACGCAUCGUGGGAAUUCUGAGCAUGGUCACUGAGGAGCUCCAGGAUGUUGCUCUGUACUACGUUCUGGAUCAGCUGAGCAGCACCAUCCACUGUAAUACACCCUCCAUGCUGCAGUUCAGGUCUGCGGUGUUGAGUGCAGGUUACAGAGUGUCUCUGUCUCAUGCCUGUAAGAACGCAGUGAAGACUGAUGCUCCUGCUGCAGUCGUGUGGGACAUCAUGCGCUGCUGGGAGAAGAAGAACCCAGUGAGGAGGGAGAGGUUAUCAGAGAUGAGUCCAGCGUUCCGAAUUCUCUCCACAGAACCCACGGUUCAGGCGUGUUUUGACGUGAGAGAGGAUGCAAAUCCUCAGUCACGCAAACGUCACCUCACACGCUUCCAGGAGAAUCCACAGGCUAACUGGGGUCCGAAAGCUCGUGCGAAAUCCGGAGGUGGUAUAUCCUCUGAGCUGGAGGAUAAGAGGAAGAAGUUCCAGGGCAAAAGGAAGAACCCGCUCAGAGAUUCCUCUCGGCUCAAAAACUUCCCCUGCAAGAGAUUCCGCAAGGGAACGUGCACGCAGGGAGACGAGUGCUGUUACUCCCAUGAUGCCGAGCAGCAGACACCGUGAUGAUGAUCCUCAGAGCUUUACCACUCACCUGUUCCUCUGAUCCGGAGUCCUAAGGGAAGUUUUUUGUUGUAAUUUUUAUUUAUUUAUGAGCUGAAAUGUUAAACGCUGCGAGAGGACGGCGUGAAUCUCCGUCAGUUGUGUUCUGCUCGAGCUCAGAUUUUAUUUGACUUUUUAUUUUUGCUUGAAGAAUAACGAACUCUUAUUUCAGUCUGAACAGAGCUGCUAAUAAACACAGGAGUUAAUGUGA